AUGGGCUCGGUGUCCAACCAGCAGUUUGCAGGUGGCUGCGCCAAGGCGGCGGAAGAGGCGCCGGAGGACGCGGCCCGGGCGGGAGAAGAACCGCAGCUGCUGCAUGGUGCCGGCAUCUGUAAGUGGUUCAACGUGCGCAUGGGGUUCGGCUUCCUGUCCAUGACCGCCCGCGCCGGGGUCGCGCUCGACCCCCCGGUGGACGUCUUUGUGCACCAGAGUAAGCUGCACAUGGAGGGCUUUCGGAGCCUGAAGGAGGGAGAGGCAGUGGAGUUCACCUUUAAGAAAUCUGCUAAGGGCCUGGAAUCUAUCCGUGUCACAGGACCUGGUGGAGUGUUCUGUAUUGGGAGUGAGAGGCGGCCAAAAGGGAAGAGCAUGCAGAAGCGCAGGUCAAAAGGAGACAGGUGCUACAACUGUGGAGGUCUAGACCAUCAUGCCAAGGAAUGCAAGCUGCCACCUCAGCCCAAGAAGUGUCACUUCUGCCAGAGCAUCAGCCAUAUGGUAGCCUCAUGUCCACUGAAGGCCCAGCAGACCCCCAGCUCACAGGGAAAGCCAGCCUACUUUAGAGAAGAAGAGGAAGAGAUCCAUAGCCCUGCCCUGCUCCCAGAGACCCAGAAUUGA